GCCCAUUUAUUCGUUCCAACAUCUAUCAUAUAAGUGGAAGAGACGCACAAAGUUCCGAGGGACGUAUUUUGUAGCCGACCAGCCAGAACCUUGCCCAACACGAUCGAAACAUAGUACGCGAUAAUCAAACAAUAAGAAGCUAGGGCAUAGGGGCUCUGGGCCCCUGACUGGUGUGUUUCUGCUGGGCUCAAUGCUGGCUGGUGCGCUGCGUGGGUGCGCCAGCGAGUCCGCAUUUGCAUGGCGACAAGUGGUUUCUGCAGCUGCGGCCGCAGGAUCAUGCAGCGGCUCGGCAGGUAGACUGAUGGUGUCGUCGCCGUGUGGAGUGGCGCAGACUUCCUCACCGCUGCAGCGCUGGCUCUUUCAGGGCUUGCGUAGCAGCUCAACGGGAGCGGCGAGCAUCAGCGGUGGUCUCAGCGAGGCCGGGAGUCUGCCGCCGCUGGUGUUGCGCCGGGUCGACGACGAAGCCCUCUCGCCACACCCUCCUACCACCGACGUGGGGCCGCUCACGGUCCGCUACCCCUUCCCCAUCGAAUACUACAAGGACCGCGAGGCUGUCAUAUACUCGCUGGACGAGCGGCCUUUGGGGUUAGCGCCGCUGCCCGGCGCCGCCUUCAACGUGCCGGUUCGUAUAGACAUCCUGCACCGCGUGGUGCGCUACUGGCGCGCCAAGUGGCAGCAGGGCACGCACAAGGCCAAGAGCCGCGCCGAAGUGAGCGGCGGUGGCAAGAAGCCCUGGAAUCAGAAGAAGACGGGCCGCGCGCGGCAGGGCUCCAUUCGCUCGCCGCUGUGGAAGGGCGGCGGCGUGUCGCACGCGCCACGCCCCCGCUCACACGCGCACGCGCUGCCGCGCAGCACGCGGCUGCUGGGCAUGCGCUGCGCGCUGUCGGCCAAGAUCAACGAGGGCCGCUUCUUUGUGGUGGAUGACCUCAUCAACCUGCGCGCGGCGCCGCUACAGGACGCCGAUGACGCGGCUGCGGCUGCAGGGGUUGCGCAGCCGGCGCCCCUAGCCUCUGGCUACCUCUCAGCGCUCAAGCCCGCGAGCGGGCCUGGCAGCGACAGCAGCAACAAGAACCCGGCGCGCUGGAGCCGGCACGGGCUGUCGCCGGCGGACCGGCCCAUCCGGGAGUACGGCGAGCUGAAACGGCGGCUGGGUGCGCUGACGGAAGGCAGCUUCGGCAGCUCGUGGCUGCUGGUGGACAGCGGCGAGGCCGGCCGCGACGGCGGGCUGCGGCUGCGCAAGCUGCUCAAGUGCUCGGUGGUGAUGGAGGUGGUCUCGCCGGAGGAGCUCACAGUGUACCACGUGCUCAAGUACCACCGCCUGGUGGUGACGCGGGACGCGCUGCAGCGCAUCAGCGAGGCGCUCACGCGGCCGCACCGCGUGACCAAGCCGGUGAAGCACGCCUGGUGGGCGCGGCGGCGGCAGGCGAUUGAUGCGGCGGUGCAGGAGCUAACGCAGGCGGAGGCGCAGGCGUGAACGGGCUGUGCGGAGUAGUGUCCGAGAUUGAUGUGUCCCGGAGCGGGCUUUACUGAGGGUUGAAGUGCUUUCAAGGUGGCGCUCCUUUUAUGGCAGCGUGUCAACGAGUGGUGUGUGUGAAUCGAGGCUGCACAAGGGGCAGAGCGUUUCUGAGUGAUCUGUGAUUCCAAGUUAGGAUGAGCGGAUCUGAGCCCGAUGACUUGAUACACAGACUGCGGUGGCGCCAUCGGACGGAGUGUUGAGGCAAACGCCCGGUCGAGGAAAACUAUUGUCGCAGUGUCGCUGCGGGUGUAGCCCGUGGCGAGGGGCGCCAUGGCAUUGCAGCGCAAAGAGCAGCGUACAUUGAAAUC